GGGAAAAAAAUAAUAAUUACUCUGACCUCUCUCUCUCUCUCUCUCUCUGCUUGCUUCUUCUUCUUCUUCGUAUUGAUUCAGCUUCUACCGAGAUUGAUUCUAUUUCUUCCGGAUCUUACGCAACCAAUCACCUCAGGAAAAUAAUGGCUGUAUGUUGUAGAAGAAGGAAAUGGUUAUCUUUCAUGAAGUUUUAGUAUCAUCAAUCAGUCGUGUUUAGAAAAACUGGGAACGGGCUCUUUUCCUCUGUUAUCAUUGACAGGUUUGGUUUUGAGCCCCUUUUUCCAGAAAAGGCGACAUAGCUAGUUAGCUUGAGAAUUUGGAACUUGGAUUUCAGAUCAUGCCUUACUUUGCUCAGAGGCUUUACAAUACGUGCAAGGCCUCCUUCUCUUCAGACGGACCAAUAUCAGACGAGGCUCUGGAGAAGGUUCGCAAUGCCUUGGAGAAAAUCAAGCCAUCUGAUGUUGGCAUCGAGCAGGACGCUCAAUUGGCACGGUCCAGGUCUGGUCUUCUCAAUGAACGCAAUGGAAGUCAUCAGUCUCCCCCAGCAAUAAAGUAUCUUCAUUUGCAUGAGUGUGACAGUUUCUCUAUAGGAAUUUUCUGCAUGCCACCUUCCUCUAUGAUACCUCUUCAUAACCAUCCGGGCAUGACCGUGCUAAGCAAGCUCGUUUAUGGUUCAAUGCAUGUGAAGUCAUAUGAUUGGCUAGAGCCUGAACUGACCGAACCAGAUGAUCCAUCACAAGCAAGACCCGCUAAACUGGUGAAGGAUAUUGAGAUGACGGCUCCAAGCCCAGCAACGACAUUAUAUCCGAAAAGUGGUGGCAACAUUCAUUGUUUCAAAGCCAUCACCCAUUGUGCUAUUCUUGAUAUCUUAUCUCCACCGUACUCAUCAGACCAUGAUAGGCAUUGCACUUACUUCCGGAAAUCAAGAAGAGAAGACUUACCAGGUGAGAUAGAAAUAGAUGGGGAAGUGAUGACAGACGUGACUUGGCUUGAGGAAUUCCAACCACCUGAUGACUUUGUGAUAAGACGAGUUCAGUACAGAGGCCCUGUUAUUAGAACUUGAAUGAUAAGACUUUGUUAUCUAUCUCUUUACUUGUUCACAUAAUUUGCGCGGGUUCGAUUUUUUUUUUUUUUUAUAUAUUCCUUUUGGGAAAUAAUCUGAAAAUGUGGGGGUCUUCUUUUUAUAUUGCAAACGGGAUUGUUGUACAUACCAAUUUGUGAUAUGGUGUCUCCGUUUCUUUAUAUAUGCAGUAUAUUGCAAAAUAUUUCUUCGGUAGUAGA